AUGGAAGCCCGUCUCCCAGACGACAAACCGACGGACCUCCGCGAGCUCCUCAGCGAGCUGUCACGCUGCACUCAGACCACGCAACGCAAACUCGAUCACUUCCUGGGGAAACUCUCCUUUGCGUCGAGCGUCGUCGUACCAGGCAGAACAUUUACGCGGCGCUUAUGGGAUAUCAACAAGAGGUUUAGCCGCGCCAAGCCCUAUUUCCGUAUCACUCUGACAGGCAUUCCAGCAGCUGGCACCAUCGGCACAGCAAGCCCCGGACACUGCAAUCCGCCUCCCUCUCCUGGACUGAUGCAGGAGGUCGCCGACCUGGCAGCCAUGGCAAUCGCCCCGACAACACGGCGCACGUACGCCACUGGCGAAAGGAAAUUUACGCAAUUCUGUGCGUUGCAGAGAUGGACGCCCAUGCCGGCUACAGACACGAUGCGAAGUUGCUUCGCAGCACACCUCACACAAUCGGUUCAACCACAGACAAUGCAUGUCUACAUGGCCGCAGUACGCAACAUGCAUCUCGAAGCCGGAUUCCGAGAUCCAACGAGGAACGCAUUGCUGCCGCCACGUGUUAUGCGAGGCAUCAAGAGGACGGCGACUGACCCGGCAAUCCAGCGCACUCGCCUCCCAAUCACCAUUGAUUUGCUGCGGAAGCUCCUCAACCAACUCAGCCUGGACCAACGGCGUCACCAGCAGGACAAGGGCAUGCUCAAGGCGGCAAUGGUGCUCGCCUUCUUCGGAUUUCUUCGAUGCGCUGAAUUCACUGCGCCUCCAGCCGGGUUUGACCCUGCCACUCAUGCCACGCGCCAGGAUGUGACUCUGGAUGUCACUCAAGGACGCACAUAUAUCCGCUUCCACAUCAAGCAAUCGAAGACGGACCAAUUCGUCAGGGCCAUGCAGAUAGUCGGUAGUACCACUUCACAACCUUGCCCGGUUGCCGCCCUCCUGGCAUAUUUUACAGUCUGUCCGUCUGACGCCACUGACGCACUCUUCCGCUACCGCCCUGGGAGACCGCUGACCAGGCAGGCACUGACAGAAGAGCUCCGACAGCUUCUCCCACUCACGGGAACACCCAAUUCACGCGAUUACGCUGGUCAUUCGUUCCGCAUCGGUGCCGCCACAACUGCAGCCAUGGCGGGUACCCCGGACUGGCUAAUCAGGGCAAUGGGCUGA